AAGUUAAAUUGGCCUCUUUUCUCAACAAGAUGUUGGUUGGUGAAUGGAACAUAGAGUAAUUGAAGUUUUGGGGAGGCGCAGCGAAUUAUAAAACAAACCUUUUCGACCGCGUAGAGAUAAGGCAAAAAUUUCCAGCUAUUUGUUGGUCGCGGGACGAUUAAAUAAACCGCAAACAACCUGUAGCGGCAGCGCGGAAGAAGGACACCUGUCCAAGUUUAUUACCAUUUUCAUAAGUAAAUGACCCCCUCGAGGCAAAAUGUUUAUUCAUUAAGUUGAGUGGCUGCCUGUACAGCUUAUGGUCCGUGUAGCUUCCUUUGUCCAGGCGGCAGAGCGCACGUUUUGAAAUUCAGGGCGCCGGCAAGUCACUUUCAAGCGGGGAAACCUUAUGCAGGCGCAGCGUUGGAGACGUAAUGGGCGGCUGGCUUUCCGUUCGGCAUAAAAACCAACUGGAUCUGUCGAAGAUUGAACCGUUAACGUCCGGGCUAAAACCACAAGAGACAGUGUUUUUAUGUCGCUGUGCUAGAGCACUGUCCGAUCUGGACCUUUACAAAGUUCCCUCAGAAGCGCAAUGGCUUCUUCCUGACAACAUCUGGCUUCGCAUAUUUUCCUUUCUGUCGCUGCAAGAAAGAAUUCAAGUCUCUUACGUUUGUCAGCGAUGGAACAAUCUUUGCAAAGAUUCUUUAUUUUGGCGCGAAAUCGACUUCUCGUUUUGUAGCGCUUCACAGCAACUGACGGACGAGACCGUAAGAGCUGUGACGUCAUACUCAAUGGGAAUCCAAAGCAUUGAUCUGUCAGGUGACCACUGUGAGCCAAUCACUGACGAGGCUCUUGGUCACGUGGCACGCUCAUGCCAGCGCUUACAAAGACUGAACGUCGCUGGACGAGGUAAAGUAUCAGACCGCGGGCUCAGUCUAAUCGCCAGAAAUUGUGCUCUCCUGAAAGAACUGAACGUGGAUAAAUGUGAUGGCAUAAGUGACAAAGGCAUCAAAUACAUCGCGAGACGUUGCUGCGAACUGACAGUUCUCUCCGUUGCGCGUUGCCAGAAAGUCAGUGACAAAGGAAUGCAGUUCGUUGCACAGAAAUGCACGAGUCUGCAAAGUCUGAACAUCGCUGGUUGCGGUAGAGUUUCGGAUAAAAGUUUGGCGAGUCUUGGGCACUACUGUCACGCCUUACGAGCCAUCAACCUCAAGGACGUCUCGGGUAUUACCUUCUAUGGCAUCGAAAGCAUGGUCAGCGGUACCCCUGAGUUGACGCAUGUGCACUUAGGGAUCAUCCAGGACGCGCGGAACACAAUGGUGGCGCUGCAGAUUAUUGUGAAACAUUGCGAGAAGCUACAGUUUCUCAGUUUCCAGCAUUUUAAGAGGACGGGUGAUGUAGCGGGAGGAGUGCGAAAAGUGAACAAGAAAAAACUUGGCGCGUUCAUCAACAGUCUGAACGCGUGUGUAGUUUCAAACAAUAAUCAAUGAUUUACCAGGGUAGGCAAAAAUCUUUAAAAUUUCGCUUUUUUAUGAAGCUCCGCCGUUUACAAUGGUCAUGACUGAGGCGAUGACUAAAGUAUUUGCAAACAACAGCUAGAGUCGAAAGCCGUACUCUUUUUGUAGCAGUUGUAGCGUAAUUAGUCCACCAACUAUGGUGGUAGGCAGUUGAGAAAACUAGAAUGUUUGAAUGGUGCAGUGGUCAACUAUGAAGCAUUUUUAAAGGCGCUCUGUACCAUCAUGAACAUAACUUCCUACACGUUUGCAGGUUUCAGGAUUAAGUCGUUUCCAGGACAUUCUGGAAGCCGCGGAGUGACAAACGAUUUGAAAAGUUGCCUCUGUUUGGGACCUCGCAGAGUGGCAUUCUUUUUAUAUGUUUUAAUUUCUCUUGAUUUCAAGCGAGAGGUUUGAUCAAUGUGUUUUUGUAAUUGCAGAACAACAACGUUUUCAAGUGGCAAAUU